AUGCGCGGGGUACCGACCGAGUCAGCUGGUAGAAGGGAAGGAGUGCCAGUGCCUGUCCCCUUAUUAUCGUUUAUUUUCCCAGCGACACACACACGGAAACACAUGAUAGGUGGAAGGCGUAGAAGAGUGAAGGUCACAACUAUCCCUGGGGAGUACCUUCAACUGUCCCUCACACUCGCUCCAAGGCUCAGGCGAGGUGGUGCCGAGGCGAGGUGGGCGGCUCUGAACCGUCAGUAGAGAUCAUCACACCCUGGCAGAAAUAUUUACUUGUACGGUUGGUGAGGUGAGAGUUGUAAACAGACGAGAGAUUACCACAGUAACCACAUGUAAACAACAAACAACAUCAAACAAGAGAGAAAGACUAAUUGGUGUUAGUGUCAACGAUAUAUAUAAUAAAAAAGAAAACAGAAUGGAGGAAUGAAAAAGAAAAGAAAACAUUAUAAAGAUUAGUGUGGGUUUAUAUUCUUCUGAUCACAUUAGUAUCUUUAACUUACUCUUAGUAGUGUUUUCAACUUGAAGACGAAUAGUGACAACACAGUGACAACAGAAAAUAUAAGAACCAAAACAUCCUGGCACCACAUCUGUUGAGGGAAACAGCUGCACCAACAGACACCAUUAAUAUAAACAACGUCAUUAUCAGAAUAUAUAGUAGUAGUAGUAGUAGUAGUAGUAGUAGUAGUAGUAGUAGUAGUAGUAGUAGUAGUAGUAGUAGCAGUAGUAGUAGUAGUAGUAGUAACAGCCUGACAGCAUCAAACUCAGAUGGAAAUUUACAUAAUUAUGUAAUAAAACCACUGCUCCACCAUUACUACUACAUGCAGCUGUUCUUAUAUUAGGGGAGGACAGCUGGAUCAUUGUUAGCAGUAGUUUCAGCAGCCCUUGGAAUUGCCGCUACAUUACUGGUUGGAGUUAAAACCACUCACUAUUGCCAAGACAAAAACAACAGCAGGUUACGCUAUCAAACAUCAGCAUUGUCAAGAGGUGUGUCAACACAGAUAAUAACAGCACGAAAGAAGAAACACAAUAUUUCUCAUGACAGCAGCAGUACAGUGUCUCCAGAACGACCACCAGCACUGACACGACCAGAACUGCCUCUAAAAGACUCAGGUUGCAGAAAGGGUAACAUAAAUACCACCAGAAUUACCUACAUCGAUACCAGAUACAGCACGUACGAUCAGGACUACCAACAGCGUCAAGCAGAAGAAGAAUAACGAUGGCUAAAUGGCAGGGAGUGAACGUGGCCACUAUCACCGAGGAGGACGUGAUAGUGGAGGAGAUCGGCGAGGACGGCAUGGUGGAGACGAUAGCAAAAGAACUGGACAGCGUUAGCCUGAAGGAAGACAGUGAUGCGGCAUCAACAGGCAGUGGCAACUCAGGCCAGGCUGGAGGAACCACCUCACGUCCUACGUCGUUUGAGCGUCCCAGUAGCAUGGUGGAAAACGAUGACGUGGACAUCGUCAACAACAACUCUAUCCUGAGCACCAUCAUCUUCGACAGCAAGAGCAACACGUUCCCCAGGGCGUCAAGUGGCCCCAAAACGCCGCCUGCGUCUAUAGGUAGGCCUUCAUCUCCAUCCUCAACACCACCUGCCAGGAAAUCGAUCACCAGGAGCGGCAGUCGAGCUUCGGGGUUUACGAUGAGCCUCUCGGAUAAGUUCGUGACGGAGAUGAGUUUAUUUGAUCCCAGCAGCGCCUCAACCCCACGUACCAGUAUCUCCUUUGGGAUCUUCUUAGCUACUGACCAGGUGAUGGGCGAUCACUCUGUGUAUAAGGUGUCUCCUGUUUCGCCCUUAUCUGCCCUCAAGCUCAAGCCUCAAGAUCGACUACUGAAGAUCAACGACAUGAGCCUGGCCGGGUGGUCUCACAAUUGCGUGCUUGACUUCGUGAGGAACCUGCCACUCACUUGUGUCUCUGGUCAGGUGAACCCAGACACUCCGGUCGACUUCCCGCUCUGUUUGGAAUACAGACGAUCGGGGAAAAAUGUACGCUCAUCAGACGAAGCCCCAGUGAACAAGAGACUCAACACAAAUAUCAGAGUUAGGAAGAAAAGAGCUACAGUGACGUCGGUACAAGAGGAGGAUGUCAGAGUGUUAUACAGUAAGAGUACGACUAAUAAGUUAAGGCUGAAUCAAGAAUUGCCACUGUUCCUCACCGCCUCCGACUCUAGCAGCAGCAACACCAUCAGGAUGACUGUGGGCGUCCAGGAAGGAUCAGAGGCAGAGGUGUGCUUCCGUGUGCAUUCGUUCGAGGAGGCAACCCCACGACCUGAAGGCGGGAAAUUGGUGGUAAUCCAGGCCCCAAAAGGCAACCAAUACCUCAGCGCUCUCAACCCCACAGAUCUGACCUUUAUGCACGGUGUGGCUUCAGAUGUAAAGAACCUCAGCCAAGCAGACGUCCGCUUCUUCAUCCUCAACAGUGACAGGGGCAGCGACUUCGUCAGGCUCAAGAGCAUAUUUACAGGUCGCUUCGUGUCGGCAACUCCGGAUGGCGUCAAGUUUGUUAGUCAGGACGAGGACGCCCAUCUACCUGACAGUACUUUAUUCCAAAUCUUCUCCUGCAAGCAAUGAAUUCGUCUGUCACUAAACUGCCCAGAAGACCAGCGAGGACCAACAAACCUGGCUACUAGAUCUAUGGAGGCCAACCAUCUGACCCAUGUGUUCCAAUAAUGUGGCCACUCAACCUCAACAGCCAAAACACAACAUUGGAAGUUGUCAACUUGAGUUUGGCGGUGAAAUUAUAUUUACUAUCAGGUGAGUAAGGGAAGUUAUAACCGACUCUAAAACGUAUACAGGUACUGUACAAAAUUGCUGAAAUCCUGAGUAUUACAUAAGAGAGGUCAACAACAGCCUUGGUAAUAUACAUGUGUAGCCAUAAAUGUGACCAUAAAAGUGGCUAAUACUCAUGUAUGGGUGACACACUGAAUACAGUAAUAAUAUAGUCCACUGUCACUGGCCAUUAAACCUACAGUAUAUACCGACUAUUACCUGGUGUCUAGACCCGUGUGGUCAGUUACAACUUGGCCGGUAUUACAUACAUGGCCAAUUACAACCUCGCCUCUAAAACUAUGUGGCCUCCUACAUCCUGGUCACCAUAUCUGUGUGGCCGGCUACAAGCAGACUGCCGAACCUGUAUCACCAACGAGUGUGAUCCCACGACCUUUACAAGCAACAGCAGAUCAGUGUUUACUUAAAUUAAGAGAAACGUAUCAUUCUAGUCCUGUAAAAGAUGUGUCAUUCAGCGCCCACAGUCCAUGUACGAUCGCCGACAAAAUACUCUCGACACAGACAACAAAAAUAAACAAAGGCCAAAAAUCAUUUCUAUACGUAACACUUUGGUUCGCCUUGCUGUGUAGAACACGGGAUAGGGAACUGAAACACUGUGACACGAUCUGAUGUACAGUAUAUGAGUGCUGCCAGACGAGUCUAGAGUAUUUUGUCGGCGAUUGUACAUAGUGUAUAUUUAUAACUCUCAUAAAUCGCUGUUAUUGACGCAGUAAAUAACAAAUGUCGGGCGAUUAGUGUGUUAAAUGUUACAGAUCCCGAAUCAGAUUGAGUCUUUUGUUAUAUCCAAAUGUUGAUUACAGAAGACGACUGAAAACUAUCUAUAUUUUUUUCUUAUAAUUUCAGUAAAAGCUAAAGAAAACUAAAACGUUAAAUAAUAUAACCAAGCUUUUCCUUAACAUCCUAUUCAUAUUUUAAUCUAUUCACUAAAAUGUUACUACUAGAACAGACUGAACAGCGAACUAAAGAUGAAACACUCAGGACAGACGAUGACUAUGACUAUGCUAACUCCAGGUCAAACGGCUGUCUUGAUAGCGUAUGCAUAGCCAUUAUAUGUUUAUUAUUAUUUAAAAUUAUAUGUGUAAAACAAAUGAAUUCCAUGGAUAAUCAAGACGUGUGUUUCUGGUAAAUAUGUCUUGUGUUUCCUCCCAUAUUACAUCUUUUGAAUAGUUACCAGUACCAAAUUUUCGUUUUCUCUGGAUUGAGUCACAAGUUUAACCUUCAUUUUCUGUUAAGGUGAGGUAAACAAACUCAGGCUUCAUACUCAGACACGUAACUUUAGCAUUACUGUAUGGUAUCCUACUGUGUCAUGUGAUACUCUCAACAAUAACUAAACUUGUAUCUAUUUAUCAAUGAACACCUGAGUCGGAAUUGCUACUAAUUAUAUAAAUAUCUCUUUCAAAA